AUGGUCAUUGCGGCGGCUGCCGCUGGGGAAGUGACCGUGGGAGCCGAGGUGUUUCACGCGUUCACCACCAACCUCGACGCCAUCGACGACGCCGACCGGAUACCCCCCCGCUCGCCGCGGGCCACGAUGAGCAGACGCGAGUCUCGCGCCUCCCUCAUAGGAGUCCGCCAGAAUGACGCCCUCUCCGAGUUCGAGAACUUCAAGAAGAAAUUCCUCCUCGCGAACAAGCACAUCACAAAACUAAACUCGACAUUGAGCACGAAGAUCGAGGAGUUAAAUGCGCAAAUAUCAACCCUCUACGUCGAGAACCUCCGCCUCCGCGCCUCCGAGAUCGCACUCAAAUCCCAGCUUAAACGCGAGCGAGCCAAAUCGCAGAAGAUAAUGGCAGAAGCCGACUCCGCAAUCGCCAAUUUCACCAAGCAUUUCGGCUUCCUUCACGAAUCAUACAAUGUCCCUCGCGGCGCCCCAUCCUCUCCCCAGCGAGACCCGCCACCCCCUCGAGCACGCCGACCCGUCCCCGAUCCCAACGCAUCCCCUCCCGUUCCGCGCCUUGCCCGUGCCCCUACGAUACCUGGUAUUUACGAAGAAGACGAAGAAGGGUCCCAUUCAGAAGAACCUCCCAGCCCUACCCCUGCACGUCGGAGGACGAAGCCUCGUACCUCGAUAUCUACUUCCAGCUCAUCCUCACGCCUCCCCUUACCGACUCGCGUCAGCUCUCCUCCACCAGUUGACCUCGAAGAACAACUCGCCCGCAGAAGGAAGCCGACGCGGCGACAGAGUGGGCUGUUGGCGAAGGUCUCCUCGGACUCGUCCUCGCUUUCCGGCGUAGAGCGCCCGCCGAGCCCUGCAUACGGCUCCCCCGCGCGCCUCGAGGCCGGACGUGCGGAAAGGGCGAACGAGGUGGUCGCGACGGGUGCUCUGGUUGACGCCGACGAGGAUAUCGACGAGGUCGUCGUCUUGCCUCGGCGGAAGGACAGGGACCGGGGUUCGGAUCAAGACAGGGACAAGAAGGCGACGAAGUCUAGUCGCAGCGGCGAGAGCGGCAAGGAGCGCAAACGACACCGCGACGGGGACGAGGGCUACGACCGAUCAUCCGAGCAAUCCAAGUCGAACCACAAGUUUCAGGACGUCACCAACUCGCCGCGGUCGCGGAGCCGCGACAGGGCCGCCCCCGGUGCUUUGGCAGCGGCGGCCAAGGAACUGGGCAGCGAUAGGCAGCGUACACCGGAUCAGGACGCUGACGCGCUCUUUGGUACUCGCACGUUCCUGACUACGCCUGUCACUACCCCGCCUGCUCCUGAUGCCUACCCGACCUCGGAGAGCUCAAGCCCGCCUGAACCGUCCUCGCUUGACCCCAAUAUGGAGACAGACGAUAACAGGGGACGACGAGCGAGGAAGAGUGUUAACUAUGCGGAACCAAAGCUGAACACUAAAAUGCGCAAGCCGGCCGGCGCAGACCCAGCUCCAACCGUAACGAAGCGGAAGCGGAUGUCGACUUCGUCGUCUGCGCCCAACUCCCGAGGAUCCGAUACCUCUGCACCCGCACAACCAGGGCAGUCCGAGAUCCCCCUUGCCGAUGGCGACGACACGGCACGUCGCGGCGAGGACUCGCCUGCGGUAGUGCGUCGUUCACGAAAGAUGCGCCCCGGCGAGAUGGAUCGAGCAGAUGAACAGGAGGACGAGAGCGAAGGUACCCAAGCAGACGCCGAGAUUGGCUUUGGUACACGUCGGGAUUGGUCCGAGGCCGUUCCCAAUUCCACGAGCCUCGGUCGACGGCGAAGUGCGCAGAUAGCGCAGGCGAGGAUUGGGAUCAUCACUAUGGAGGCUGCGGAGGAGCGCCGUCAUAGCCUCGCCAUAUAGGCGACAAUGUCUUCUGCCUAUCGAGGAGUGUUCACAUCAAGAUUUCGAGCGGUGAUCAUGAACGUACGGCGCGGAGGACCGGAGACCGCCCCUCUCAUUAACCUAUUUACCC